GGUUUUGUAAACGAACUAUAUAAACCAAAUACUUGAGCGUAUUCGUGAACCCACCGAGCCUCCUCCUCUCUCAAACACAGAAGCUCUCUCCCUGCAAGACAGCUAGGUGCCAUGGCUACCGUUCCAGGACAAUUGAUCUGGGAGGUCGUGAAGAAGAACAACUCCUUCUUGGUGAAGCAGUUCGGCCGAGGCAACGCUGGCGUCCGAUUCAGCAAGGAGCCCAACAACCUCUACAACCUCCACUCCUACAAGCAUUCUGGCUUGGCGAACAAGAAGACGGUGACUAUUCAGCCCGGAGGCAAAGACCAUUCUGUGGUGCUCGCCACCACUAAGACGAAGAAGCAGAACAAGCCUGCCAGUUUGCUUCACAAGUCUGUGAUCAGGAAGGAGUUUCCUCGUGUGGCCAAGGCUGUUAUCAAUCAGGUGGCGGAUAAUUUCUAUAGACCCGAUUUGAAGAAAGCAGCCCUUGCCAGGCUUAGUGUUGUUCACAGGAGUCUCAAGGUCUCCAAGUCUGGUGUCAAGAAGAGGAAUAGGCAGGCUGUCAAGACCCCUGGUAGGAAGUGAGAUAGUGGGGAAGAUGUGUCAUCGCUCUACUAUGUUCAUUUGGUGUUUUUAGUUUUACUUUUCCAGGUUCAGAGAGACAUGAUUUCCCAUUUUAUAUUUAUCUCCAGAAGAAUUUGGAAACUUUUGCCCUUUUACUGAAAAAGGGAAGGUCCCUGUUUGUGUUUUUUGUCUUAUCACCAAGUUUUGCUGAAAAUUGAUUUGGUAAUGCUAUGUAGUUUUCAGAAAUAUCUUAAUCAUAGAUUUUCGGGAUGCAAUUCUUGUGGUUGAAGAACGACGAUUUAAAUCCAAAUUCAAGUUUACCAGGUUAAAUGCAA